AUGAGCUUCUUACAGUGUGAUGACGCCGCCAGAAGACUGAUCGACUUCCCGAAGAUGAUCAUCAACAACGACUUCCGUGAAAUCAGAAGGAGGUCAUCGCUUCUGUCAAUGAGGUUCUUGUUAGGUUCCGGGAUUCAGUUGUAGAAUAAGAAAGUAGUUUCAAUAGGAUUUCGAAAAUAGGAGGUUGUGAGAAGUGAAAUUAGAGGAGCGUUGAGAGAAAGUUAGGUAAUGACGUCAUCGCUACGAGGAAUUUCUUGAUGCUCUACCGAACGACCGUGCUCCAACUGUUCAGAUUUUCAGGGUUUCUUUAGAGAAUAGUUUUUAGUUGAAGAAGGAUUUUGAGAUUUAGUAGGUGAAUGAUAGGAUGAACAACUACAACAAUUGGACGACGACUCGAGGAAUUCUGGGCUUCAACUCCAAAUUAGGAUGUCGAAACUGAUUCAGUUUAAUGUAACAAUUUGCAGGUUAGAUAAGUGAACGGAUGAGAAGUAGAUUGAGUUCUAAGGGUUUCCAAAAAUGAGAAAUUUCAGAUGGAAGGUAGAAGUAAAGUAGAUAGUAGAGUGAGAUUCUCAUCGCCGUGGCUGGAGGAAUCGGGAGACGUUGCUCCAAAAAACGCUGGAAUAAAUCCAGAAGGUAAUACUUCAGAAGAGAGACUGAUUUAUAUUACCAUCAGACUGUCUUGAGGUUCGGCCGCGUUGGAGCUCGAAAACGACUUUGGUAGAAGCUGGCGGCGAAAGAUGGCGUGGGACGGCUCGCACAAUCGACUUCUGAAGUUUUUUCAUCGUCUACAACGACAAGGUAGGAUUCUUUUUGAUAUCAGGAUUAACUAUAAAUACUGCUUCUAAUUUUAAAUCCUGAAAUUGAAUUUUUGCAGCAAGAUGACGGACGACUUGUGGAUUAUCUCGACUGAGGUCUCGAGGCGGUGAUUGGAAGAUCGACGGUGUCUCCUGAAGGAAUACGACGUCAACGACAAACAUCCCAAGGUAUGAUCCUUCAAAAAAACUUUCUAGAAACAUUUCGCCUUUUUCGCGAACUUCAAUUGUAUGAAUCAUUUUUCAGCAAAAAAAAACAAUUUGGACGGGGCUGAAACCUUUAUCGUCAUCCUUUGAAGAUCUGCGACGAAGACACUUUUUCGAGUGGAAAAUGCUUCGGAGCUGUCCGACAACUUCAGCGUCGGGAAACCUCCGAGUAAGCCCUUGUUUGAAUUUAAAAAAAAAAUGUUUCAUGUAGUUUAUUAUAUCUUACAGUGCGAUGGCGCCGCCAGAAGACUGAUCGACUUCCGAAGAUGAUCAUCAACAACGACUUCCGUGACAUCUGAAGGAGGUCAUCGCUUCUGUCAAUGAGGUUCUUGUUAGGGUCCGGGACUCAGUUGUAGAAUAAGUGAAAGUAGUUUCAAUAAGAUUUCAAAAAUAGGAGGUUGUGAGAAGUGAAAUUAGAGGAGCGUUGAGAGAAAGUUAGGUAAUGACGUCAUCGCUACGAGGAACUUCUUGAUGCUCUACCGAACGACCGUGCUCCAACUGUUCAGAUUUUCAGGGUUUCUUUAGAGAAUAGUUUUUAGUUGAAGAAGGAUUUUGAAAAUUAGUAAGUAGGAUGAACAACUAAAACAAUUGGACGACGACUCGAGGAAUUCUGAGCUUCCACUCCAAAUUAGGAAAUCGAAACUGAUUUAGUUUAAUGUGAAACUUGCGUGGUUAGGAAUACGACAGGAAGGAAACAACUCGAGGAAGAUGAUCGACUUCUGGAUUCGAUUCGAAAAAGUAGUCGUGAUGACCAUUUGAUGCAUGUGUGGAAAUCACUUUUUAAGUUCUUUGUGUUUUGAAAUGAGUUCGUGUCUUGUUUUCAUUGAAUGUUUCCUUUGUUUUUUACCCUCUUGAAAAGUACCCAACAUCUUACCAGGGAACUACGUGAACUCGUUUUUGCGGGUCGAGUUCAAUCUUUGAUAGUAAAUACUCCUGCGUCGGGAUAUUUGAAAACAGUAAAGAUUAUCGGCUAAACCCAAGAAAAAUCUUGUUGAAAACAGACAUAUCAGGCUUGAAUAACUUCAGAAUACUGCUUUGGACCUUAUUUUUUUCAGUACAAUUGAGUUAUCGGGCUUCAAAAAAGACCAAAAAAAGCAUUUUUCCAGCGAAAAAAAUUCAAGAAAAGAAAUAGCCUAAAAGUUUUCAAACCUAAUUUGUCCAUUUUCGACAAGUUUUUUCUCGAUACCGGGUUAAGAAUAUAUUCGCUAUUGUUUUCAAACAUCCUGUCCUAGGUCUAUAAAAUACCAUUCGCACAUACGAGUUCGCAUAGUUCCGUGGUUAGAAAUUUUUAAGUUCUACUUCAGUUUUUUCACACUUUGUUCUUUCUCCUUGCAUGACAUUGAUUUCGACGUGAUUGAAAAAAAUUGAAUAAACAACUUACGUCAUCAAAAUUAAGUUUUAUUACAAAAAAAAAGAUUUCAAACAUUUCGAAAAAUAUUGAGUUUCCAACAAUUUUUCGACUUCAAGUGAGAUUAUUCUUACUGGUUUUCAAAAAUUCUCAGAAAUGACUAGAGAAACACAAAAACUUCAUAAAAAAAGUCUUUUUGCAAACACAUCGCGAUUUGUUAAAAAAAUUUCAACAGUAGAUCAAAACUACCAUUUUUUUCUUUUUUUCAUUUACUCUUCAUGUUAGACUUCAUUCAUUUUACUUUUUUUCUUUUUCUGUUCAUUUCUGAGAAUUUUUUUACAUCUAACAAGAACUUUCGAAAAAUUAGCGUUUGCAUAAGAUUCCUUGUAAGGCGAUACCCGCAAAAACUUUUUUCUUGAGGAUAUGAAUUUUUCGAAGUCGCUUGGGGAUGGUUUCAGGCCUGGACCAUUUCCAAGAGGAAUCUUUGAUAAUCAUUGUCUUCAAAAUAAAGAGUUUUUGCAGGUAGCGACUUCUAAGAAUCUUCAUUCAAACAUUCGAAUAGUAUUUUGGCUGAUAUACCAGAAAAAUCGCGCUUUUCAUAACAAUGAUUCUCUGAUUCAAAAGCAUGUUCCCUCAAAAAUAACCGCACUAAAAAGUUUUGAGCUAUUAUUUCGAUUCAGUUUCCUGAUUUUUUUUUUUGGUUUAUUUGGUUGAACUAACUUUCGAAGAGAAUUUUUCUAGAGCACGUCCGAAAAUAAAUUAUCUACUUUUUAAACUUGUGGCUUUCACGAAACAUCAGAGCUAUGAAAUAAACGUUCUUCUUUUGUAGAGUUUGAAAGGAAACUUCUAGUAUCUCAAAUUUAUUUGGUUCUGGAUGCUCUAGAAAAAUUUUAACUCUGAAGUCGUUUUGAAUGUGUCCGAAAGUUGGAAGUCUAGUAGAAUAAGAAUUUUAUCGUCAAGAGGAGAGGUGGACAAAAUCGGAAGACGACGGCGUGAUCUGCCUUUGCUGCAUUUGAACAGGUGAGAUUGAAAAAUCAAGCUUUUUAGCAUGGAAAAAUCUUAAGGUUCGAUUUGGCGUCAGUGAAACUUGAAGUUAGUUCCGACUGGUGUCUCCAAACGGCUGCUGGGGGAUCGACUACUACUUAAGCUGUGAAAAAUAACCAUUCUCAGCGAAGACAAGGUAAUAUAUAAUUCAUGAGAUUAUUUGCAAAAAUAGACCGUUCCUUCUUCAUAUAGUUUCAUGAUUGCAGAAGGCAACUCAAAAAAAGCUGGACUACAUGGAGGGAAUUCGACAACAGCGUCAUGGAAACCUUCUCAAAAGAGGGCUUCUACUCAUCAUAAAAAAAAAGUUCGUUAAAACUUAGAAGAAAAUAAUAAUCAAUAAUCUCAACUUUUUUUCACCCAAACGGAGAAGCGGCUCAAGAAGCUGCAACGGGACGUCUUCGACUUCUUCUGAACUGGCACCGACUUCUGAACUGCGGCCUGCGUCAUAAAACAAGGUACGACAUUUUUAACAGAAAAAUGACAGUUUCUCGGUUUGCGAAACAGGAAUGGAACCUUUUGCAGAAAAAAAGCUGACAGCCGACCUCGUCUGCAUGGAUUCUACUACAGUGCUGUGGAUAGAUCGACUUGCUUCCACCUGACCUUCUUCCUUAACGAAAAGGCCCAUCGAACACACCCAAAGAAAAGAGCUAUUUAA